GAGUGGACCAAGGUCGCCCGCACGGCCUUCUCGCAGGGACCCUCCGGCGUCGUGCUGGUGCUGUCACUUCUGAUUUUCGUCUUGGUCACUCACCUCGUGGUGAUGAACCUGGUUGCCGGCUUUUUCAUUGAGAAUGUCUUGGACAUCGCCAAGGUGGAAGAUCUCAGGAAGAAGCUGGAGAUCCUGAAAUCGUACCGCGAGCGCGUCUGGGACCUCUUCGGGUGCGACAGCGAAAGCACGAGCAGCGUGCUCACGUGGGACGAGCUUCUGGAGCCGGCGCCACCGGGGCGAGAUGGUGGCCUGCUAAACGUACUGAAGCAAUCCGUUCAUGAACCCCUUGCCCGGCGGAUGUCGUUCUCUUCCCUGGGCAGCGACGACUCGGCGCGCCUGCCGGCCACCGUGAGCAAAAUGGAGCUCGCGGCGAGGUACACCUCCGUCAGCCGUGAUGACAUCAAAGACAUGUUCGACUGCUUGGAUAUCAGAGGCGACGGCACCGUCGACAGGGCGGAGUUUGCCAGAGAACUUGGUGCGGCCGCAGAUGACCCCACCGCGUGGAGGAUCGAGGAGCUGAAGGCUAAAAUGGCCAAGGCCAGGAGCAGGACGCGUUACCUCGCACAACAGCUGGAGGUGGUUGAGGCUGAUGCUUGCUCGCUCGCGGAGGCGCGGGUUUUAGCGCGUGCCAGCGACAGCUACGCCCAGGAUCCGAAGCUGGCUUCGCAGACGCUGGAGCCCGACCUGGAACAGCUGCGGACGGAGGCGCUAGCGCACAUCCGGGAGACGGAGGACGGACCAGCUACAACCGGG